AUGGAGAGCAGUGUAUCAGUUUCCAAUAUGCAAGACCCUUCAUCUUCACCUUUGGAGAAACAUCAGAGCUCAACCAAUGGCAACGGAGAUCUUGAUUCAGAAGAAGGUUCAAGCCUGGAGGAAAUCGGCUUUAAUUGGGGAGAAUAUUUGGAAGAAACAGGUGCAAGUGCAGCUCCUCACACAUCUUUCAAACAUGUUGAAAUCAGCAUUCAAAGCAACUUCCAGCCAGGAAUGAAAUUGGAAGUUGCCAAUAAGAACAACCCAGACACAUACUGGGUGGCCACCAUCAUCACAACCUGCGGGCAGCUGCUGCUUUUGCGCUACUGUGGUUACGGCGAGGAUCGCAGGGCUGAUUUCUGGUGUGAUGUGGUGAUAGCAGAUCUCCACCCAGUGGGGUGGUGCACACAGAACAACAAGGUGUUGAUGCCGCCAGAUGCAAUUAAAGAGAAGUACACAGACUGGACAGAAUUUCUCAUACGGGAUUUGACUGGUUCUCGGACAGCGCCCGCCAACUUGCUGGAAGGUCCUCUGCGAGGGAAAGGCCCUAUAGACCUCAUUACAGUUGAUUCCUUAAUAGAACUUCAGGAUUCUCAGAACCCUUUUCAGUACUGGAUAGUUAGUGUGAUUGAAAAUGUUGGAGGAAGAUUACGCCUUCGCUAUGUGGGAUUGGAGGACACUGAAUCCUAUGACCAGUGGUUGUUUUACUUGGAUUACAGACUUCGACCAGUUGGUUGGUGUCAAGAGAAUAAAUACAGAAUGGACCCACCUUCCGAAAUCUAUCCUUUGAAGAUGGCAUCUGAAUGGAAAUGUGCUCUGGAAAAAUCCAUUAUUGAUGCUGCAAAAUUUCCUCUUCCAAUGGAAGUAUUCAAGGAUCAUGCAGAUUUGCGAAGCCACUUCUUCACAGUUGGCAUGAAGCUAGAAACAGUGAAUAUGAGUGAGCCCUUUCAUAUCUGUCCUGCAUCAGUGACUAAGAUUUUUAACAAUCAUUUUUUCCAAGUGACUAUCGACGAUCUGAGAUCAGAACCUAGUAAACUCUCAAUGCUGUGCCAUGUGGAUUCUUUGGGGAUUUUGCCAGUACAAUGGUGCCUUAAAAAUGGAGUCAACCUCACUCCUCCUAAAGGUUACUCAGGCCAGGACUUUGACUGGGCAGAUUAUCACAAACAGGAUGGGGCAGAAGCAGCACCUCCCUUCUGCUUCAGAAAUACGUCAUUCAGUCGGGGUUUCACAAAGAACAUGAAACUUGAAGCUGUGAAUCCCAGGAAUCCAGGAGAACUCUGUGUGGCCUCGGUUGUCAGCGUGAAGGGCAGGCUUAUGUGGCUUCACCUGGAAGGUUUGCAGCCUCCUGUUCCAGAGUUCAUUGUUGAUGUUGAAUCUAUGGAUAUCUUCCCUGUGGGCUGGUGUGAAGCUAAUUCUUACCCCCUGACCACACCACACAAAACACUCUCACAAAAGAAGAGAAAGAUUGCGGUUGUGCAGCCAGAAAAACAAUUGCCGUCCACAGUGCCUGCUGAGAAAAUACCUCAUGAAUUAUGUUCAUUCCCUCACCCAGACACUACUACAGGUACUAUCAACGGGAAAUACUGCUGUCCUCAGCUUUUUAUCAACCACAGGUGUUUCUCAGGCCCUUACUUAAACAAAGGAAGAAUUGCAGAGCUACCUCAGUCAGUGGGGCCAGGCAAAUGUGUGCUGGUUCUGAAAGAGGUUCUUAGCAUGAUAAUCAAUGCUGCUUAUAAACCUGGAAGAGUAUUAAGAGAAUUACAACUUGUGGAAGACCCACACUGGAACUUUCAGGAGGAGACCCUGAAGGCAAAGUACAGAGGGAAAACAUACAGGGCAGUGGUGAAGAUUGUACGAACUUCUGACCAAGUAGCAGAUUUCUGUAGACGAGUUUGUGCCAAGUUAGAAUGCUGUCCAAAUUUGUUUAGUCCUAUGCUGGUUUCUGAAAACUGUCCAGAGAACUGCUCCAUUCAUACCAAAACCAAAUACACUUAUUAUUAUGGAAAGAGGAAGAAGAUCAUUAAGCCGCCAAUUGGCGAGAACAACAUUGAAAGUGGGCACCCUAAACCAGCGAGACGUAGGAAGAGACGAAAAUCCAUCUUUGUGCAGAAGAAGAGGAGAUCGUCCACUGUGGAUUUCACAGCUGGGUCCGGGGAGGAAAGUGAAGAAGAGGACCCAGAUGUUAUGGAAGAUGACACGGGCAGCGAGGAAACUGGCUCCGAGCUGCGGGAUGACCAGACAGAUACUUCCUCGGUGGAGGUGCCCUCCGCGCGGCCCAGGAGGGCAGUGACCCUGAGGAGUGGCGCGGAGCCCGAGCGGCGUCCCCCGGUGGAGAGAGCGCGCAGGGCCCGAAAAGCACAGACUCCUCCAUCCUGCGUGGAGGAAGAGAAGCGCACCGCAGCCAAGUCUGAAGGCGCCGAGGAAAUAAAACAAGAGGAGGAGGAGAGACUUAUUCUGGAGAGUAACCCAUUAGAAUGGACAGUGACUGAUGUGGUCAGGUUUAUUAAACUGACAGAUUGCGCCCCCUUGGCCAAAAUAUUUCAGGAACAGGACAUCGAUGGUCAGGCACUCCUGCUGCUGACCCUCCCGACGGUGCAGGAGUGCAUGGAGCUGAAGCUGGGACCCGCCAUCAAGUUGUGUCAUCAGAUUGAGAGAGUCAAAGUGGCUUUCUACGCCCAGUAUGCCAACUGA